GGAGAGCACAGAAGAUGAUUACUACGACAUGUCCAGACUAGCCCGUUGAAAACAUGUACGCUAUGAAGUUGUUCAUCGCUUCCAAUUUUAGACCAAACCUCGAGUUCGACGCGGCCAACAGAACAGAGUCCGUGAAUCAAGUAUCGAGUGUCAACAAUGUCACUGGCACCCACGAAAGCUUCAACGAUGACGAAUAUAUCUUCGACAGAACUGAUAUUAGAGCUAUAUUUAUCACUCUUUAUACGCUCGUGUUUUGCUGCUGUUUUUUUGGAAACUUACUCGUGAUACUUGUGGUGACGCUGUCCCGGCGCCUGCGGUCCAUCACCAACUUCUUCUUGGCGAACUUGGCGGUGGCAGACCUUUGCGUGGGCGUCUUUUGCGUCUUCCAGAAUCUUACCAUCUAUCUCAUUCCGAGUUGGGUGUUCGGCGACUUCCUCUGCAAAAUGUACCAGUUCAUACACUCGUUAAGCUACACGGCGUCCAUAUUCAUUCUGGUGGUGAUCUGCACUGAGCGGUACUUCGCAAUAAUCCACCCUAUUACCUGCAAACAGAUCCUGACAUCCACCAGGCUUAGAUUGGUGAUCCUCGGAGUGUGGAUAACGAGUGCCGCCUACAGCGCCCCCAAGUUCAUUUGGGUGGAGACCAUAAACAACAAUCUUGGCAACGGCGACACGGAGACCAUUUGCAUAUCUCAUCGGAGGAAAUACAACUCGGAGCUGUUCGAUAUGAUCAACUUUGGACUGCUGUACGUCACGCCGCUGUGUGUCAUGUCUGUUCUCUAUACAAGGAUUGCAGUGGGCCUGUGGCAGAGUUCCCACGGGCUACAGCAACUUGGCCGAGCGCAGUGCUGUGCGACGCAAUGCCCACGCGUGGACAAGACACCAGCCAUCACGAGCAACUUCGAGCCCCAGCGGACUUUCGUCGGCACCACUGAAACUAAGAAAUUCAUGAAUGCAAAGUCGAACACGCCGAAAUGUCGCAACCACGAGUCGCGCGACUGCCACCACCUCAGCCACCUGUCGCGCAACGUGCUGCGCGCGCGACGCGGCGUCGUGCGUAUGCUCAUCGUGGUCGUGCUCACCUUCGCCAUCUGCAACCUGCCCUUCCACGCCCGCAAGAUGUGGCAGUACUGGUCCAGUGGCUACGAGGGCACCAGCGAUUUCAGCGCCCUCCUCACACCACUCACCUUCCUAAUCACUUAUUUUAACUCCGGAAUCAAUCCUCUUUUAUACGCAUUCCUAUCUAAAAACUUCAGGAAAGGCAUGAAGGAACUCCUCUUCUGCAAAUACCACGGAAAACGAAAAAGCGAGAACCUAAUAGUUCUGAAUCCAGUAGGUGUGGGCCUGCGCAGGAGUUCGACCAGAUCCACCCGGGCCAACUGCAGCACUGUCACCAUAGCACCGAAUGGAGACUCAUGAGAUUUGCGUCGCCGCCGCUUCUUGUACAAGGUGGAAAACAUAGACAUUUCCUGAUUAACGGAAAGCACGGACGAGGUGACCGACAGCAGUGGUUUCUACACUAUAUCAACUAUAUCUAAAAAAGACUUGUACGAUUAGGGACUGAAUGAAACCGUUGUUAACUGUUGUGGAACUCGUGCGUUUUCGUGUGGCAAUUCAGAGAACUGAUCUCAUGAGCUUAAACGUUGUGAGUGUGAAGACACUAAUGUGAUGGUAAUGGUUAACGUUCUGUGUAUUUACUAUAAAUAUCGUGUUAGUGUUAAAGUUUAUUUUGUAAAAAAUAAAUUGUAUAGUGUUUAUAAAAUUAUGUAAGAAAUUGAAAGUGAAAACAAUCAAAAUAAUUUAAGAAUACAAUCUAUAGGUAGCUUUAGGGGUUCUUCUGUAUAAGCAUGUAAUACAAAAUAUACGUAUAAAAUAACAUAGGUAUUUAGAAUGGUAAGUUAGUUUAUAACAGUGUUAGAAUAAAACUUUGUCUAGUCUAUAUAGGUGAACGCGACCAAAGCUGAAUUUGCAAGUAAAAAGAUAAUAAUAAUUUUAUAAUCUGUACAUAAAUGGUCUAAUUUAGGUAAAUGAUUAUAAAAAUUGUACAAAUCAUAAGUACGAAAUUAGUUUAACGAAAAAUGAGUACAAUGCCAACAAUAGUCAUUUAGGUGCUUCAAUAUAUCAUGACAUGACUCACGUAAUUCUCUCGUGGAACAUAAAAAUCGGAGCUAGCAAAUAGAAUUCGUUUCUUGGCUUUAUCAUGAAACAUACAGGGUAGCGACGAUAUACGACCGUAAUCUCAUACCUAUUCUACACGGGUGCUUUUAGCUCCGGCGACUAAAGUCGGCUGUAGAGUAAACUAAAGUGAACUCAUCCAAUGGCACACUUAACUGAACGAGAUUUAGCGAUGAUUCUUUGAGUUUGAAUCGACUUUUAGUUAGUCAUUCCGGAAUAUAUUCCGGAAUAGCUUAUAAGCCAUAAUAAUUGACUUAAUCAAAGUUAUAUUAGCGACUAUCGUUCAUACGAUAGCUACCAAUUUCCCAUACCUACCUACCAAGGUUAACUUUUCAAACACAACAACAACAACAACAAACAAGGUAAAUUUUUCAAAUAACCGCUAAACUGCAAAAUGGAUUUCAGUGCUUAACCAUUCUCUAAACGUAGUUAUGUUUAUGUCCUCAAAAACGAAGCUUCAAGAGAAAAAUCGUAUCACCUAAGAGAAAGUGAUUCUGGAUAGGUACAGGCCGCUUUACCAACCGGUACACAUGGAAAUCAUCAAUUGCCUACCUUUUAUAUGUAUGUUCAGCAGUGGACGUCCUAUGUCUGAAAUGAUGAUGAUGAGGAUAGCUUACGUGAAAUAUGUGUGCUGAUAACGAUAAAUCUUUGAAAAAAGAAGCUCGCUUACACCUUCGGCCUGAUCAUCACUUACCAUCAGGUGAGAUACAGGCCAAGAGCUUCAUCGUUGUGGAUAAAAAAAAAACUAUAAUCGGGUCGUCGCUUCUAAAAUUAGUUGCCCUUGUGUAACUAGAGUCUAGACUCGCCUGUACAGGCAAGUCGAGUUUUGGUUGGUGCAUUUUUCUUUAGUGUCACAGCCGGCACUUUGUUAUCGAGUUGUUCGCCGCAUUGCUUACUCAAUUCCCCAGCAAAUUGAAUUUUACUUCUUUGAAUAAAUUGCUUGCGGCAAAAUGGUUCGAAAUGUGUGUAUUUUAUUUUAUACUUAAUUAUCGUGCUUAUGAGCGCAUUACUUUUUUAAGGGUGAGGCUGAACAAGCGUAUUUUCUGCUUGUCACGUUUUGGAGAUCCGUAAUUAAAGUUGUCAUUACUUUUGGGCUCAGAAAGGACGUAUUUGUUUAAUUAUUUUUCUGCGUUCCGUUAAGUUAUAGAAAUUGAGUCUUGUGAUAUUUUGAGAAAAUUUUAUCCUUUACUUAUUCAAUCGUAAUGUAAAUUAAGUAACGAAAAGUUUAAUCGAGAUGAAGAUGGAACGUGGUCUUUAUAAAUACCUACUUACAAGUAUAUUGUAAAUAAUUUUAUGAGAGAUAUUAUGUAAUUUAAUAGAGAUGUACUUGUUUAGAUACUAAAUAAAUACUUUACGCUCUUUCAGCCUCAUCUGCAGUUUUAUCGAAUGGACCAAAAAGAUAUCACGAUUUCUUUAGGUAUCUAAGGUGUAUAAUACAUUUUGUGUGUUGAUUUCCUUGGCUUAUUGCUUUCAAUCAAACAAAUUAACGUUACUAGCACUUUCAAUAAACAAUCAAAUUGUGUACAUAUCACUCAUUGUUUUCACUUCAAUAUAACAGUAAACUAACUCGUAAAACAGAAAGUUUGCUUGUCAAAACUAUUUCCAACUACCCACGCCAUCUCAAAGAUUCGCCAACUUCAUCAUUUAUCUGAAAUGACACAUUACUUAUUCCGUAACAAAUUUUGUGCCAAAAGAGACGACAAUAUUCUGAAAUUAGUAACCAUAUUUUAUUUGGUUACAUUUUUAACACUUAUUAUGUAAAUUGAAAGCGACGACAAUUCACUCGCGUUCUUGACCUAAAAUAUUUAUUUUCAACGGGACAAUUUAUCACGAAAAGAGAAUUCGUAUUUUUAUCAUCAUUACUUAUCUACCGCUUCAAUUUCCCUUUGAAUAGAAAUGUUUACAAAACGGCGAUAAGGUGGUACGAUGUGGGGUUGUAUGUGGGAAUACAUAAUUAUAUACAAUUUCAAAGGUAACCCCAGUUAGGCCUAAAAAGCGCGCCGUGAUAACUUUUAUCGAUGUUAAAAUGUAUGGGAAAAGUCGAUAAAGUAGCGUGAUAACCGCUUAUCACGGCGCGCAUCCUAGGCCUACAGGAGUUGUCUCUGUGAAUGAGUGCUGGGAAUGCGAAUAUCUAUAAAACGAGAUAUGUAACCUAAAUCUCAAAACAUCAAACUAUAAAUGUGUUGGCAGUAAUUUUAGUGACGCAGUGGGGGCAGUUAAAUUUUGCUCUAUUAACGAAAUAGACUCUAUUUAAUUACCUGCAAGCAUACAUUUCAAUUUUAAUACAGUUGUUCUUUUGUUAUCAGUUUUAAAUUAAAAAGAGACAACUUUGAAAAAGUUAUUUAGAUUUAAAAUUUAGGGGUCGAAAGUUUUGCCGACGGGCUGGUUGUGCCGCAACAUUAAUUACAUAAAUUAAAGAAGCAAUCUAUGUAAAGAUAAUUUCGGUGUAUCAAUUUUAAGUAACAUGUAGAUACUUACCCCUUUGUGGUUUCUGAUUCAAUGUUGCCCCUACAAAAAACUUUUUUUUAACUCUCCACGCCCUAUAGAAAUUGUUUCCAGUAUUGUUUUGGUUAUCACAUACAGCGUCAGUAUAUCAGGCACAGUUUUAUUGGAAAAUAGCUCCUAUUUACAAUUAACUAUAAAAUAGGUAAUUAAAUAAGCGGACGACUGCUUAUCGUCAACCCGUUCUAUAAAAGUUACCUAAAUGUAAAUUUAAUUCUAUUAGAACUCCACAAAAUAGUUUCAGGAAUAAUUGUAAUGAAAUAUAAAUAAUUAGGACCUAUUUUUUUCAAAGAACUAUUUACUGAAUUAUUUACAUUUUUGUGAUUGUGAUUAUAAGAGAUUGGAAGUCGAAGAGUUAGUGGGUUCUAAGCCAAAAUAAUGCAUGAAAUGUAUUUCUAUAGUUUGUGACAGUUUUUGUGACCCUAAUGUUUCUAUAGAUUACGCCAAUAAGCCAAUACUUAAGGCCGACAAACAUUUACCUACGUACAUACUAGAUGAACUUAGUAUUUAAUGAUGAUACCAAAUUGAUUAAUUGAUUGAUUAAUAAAUACCAAAGAUAUAAUAUAUUAUAAGAUCACUGAGACAGUUUAUUUUCAUUUUGUUAUGUAAUUUACCUAUAACUAAAUGUAGUCUACAAAUUGCCAAAUUCGAUUAGCACGGAUUAUCUGUUACUGUUUAAACUUUCCUUUGGCUUGAAACCCACGAAAUUAAGAAUACUGUGUAUAAAAUUAUUGUUGUUCUACGUCUUGUUACAUGAUGUAAAUAAACGUAUAAUUUUUCA